GUGGCUCCGGGCUGCAGAGCAGCAGUUCCGUCCGCGCCCUCCCCGCCGCCGCCCUCCGCCUCUCCCCGGGGCUCUCUUCUCGUCGCCGGAGCCAUGGCGUUGGCCGAGACCCACCCGGCUGCAUCCUCGCUGCCCAACGGCGACUGCGGCCUCCCCAGGGCGCGGCCCGGGGGGAACCGGGUCACCGUGGUGCUCGGCGCGCAGUGGGGCGACGAAGGCAAAGGGAAGGUGGUGGACCUGCUGGCCCAGGACGCGGACAUCGUGUGCCGCUGCCAGGGAGGAAAUAAUGCCGGCCACACAGUUGUUGUAGAUUCCGUGGAGUAUGAUUUUCAUCUUUUACCCAGUGGAAUAAUUAAUCCAAAUGUUACUGCAUUCAUUGGAAAUGGUGUGGUAAUUCAUCUACCGGGAUUAUUCGAGGAAGCAGAAAAAAAUGUUAAAAAAGGAAAAGGUCUGGAAGGCUGGGAAAAAAGGCUUAUCAUCUCUGACAGAGCUCACAUUGUGUUUGAUUUUCAUCAAGCAGCUGAUGGCAUCCAGGAGCAGCAGAGACAAGAACAAGCAGGAAAGAAUUUGGGGACCACCAAAAAGGGCAUAGGCCCCGUAUAUUCUUCCAAAGCUUCUCGGAGCGGCCUCAGGAUGUGCGACCUCGUUUCCGAUUUCGACGGCUUCUCUGAGAGGUUCAAAGUUCUGGCAAACCAGUACAAAUCUAUAUACCCCACUUUGGAAAUAGACAUUGAAGGUGAAUUACAAAAGCUCAAGGGUUAUAUGGAAAGAAUUAAACCAAUGGUGAAAGACGGAGUGUAUUUUUUAUAUGAGGCCCUACAUGGACCACCAAAGAAAAUCUUGGUAGAAGGUGCAAAUGCAGCACUUCUGGAUAUCGAUUUUGGAACUUAUCCCUUUGUGACCUCCUCAAACUGUACAGUUGGAGGUGUUUGCACUGGGUUGGGUAUGCCCCCUCAGAACGUUGGAGAAGUGUAUGGAGUUGUGAAAGCUUACACCACUCGAGUUGGUAUCGGUGCCUUUCCUACAGAGCAAAGCAACGAAAUUGGAGAAUUAUUGCAGACACGGGGUAGAGAGGUUGGUGUGACUACUGGAAGGAAAAGAAGAUGUGGCUGGUUGGAUCUCGUGUUGCUUAAAUAUGCUCAUAUGAUUAACGGAUUUACUGCGUUGGCACUUACCAAAUUGGAUAUUUUGGACACGUUUACAGAAAUUAAAGUUGGAGUUGCUUACAAGUUAGAUGGUGAAAUUAUACCUCAUUUCCCAGCAAACCAAGAGAUCUUAAAUAAAGUUGAAGUUCAAUAUAAGACUCUUCCCGGAUGGAACACAGACAUAUCAAAUGCAAGGACGUUCAAAGAGCUGCCUGUGAAUGCGCAAAAUUACGUCCGAUUUAUUGAAGAUGAGCUUCAGAUUCCAGUUAAGUGGAUUGGUGUAGGGAAGUCCAGAGAGUCUAUGAUUCAACUCUUCUAAGGAUUUCCAGUCACCCAAGAAACACUCCUUGAGAAGGGGACAAAGGACUUGCUUCACUAUGUCAUUAUGAUCUGCAAACUUCAAGAAUAAAGACAUUGACGUGCAUUGUAAGCUCUAUAGCUGUUUCCAGUCUUUAAGAUGGCUGGCUGGUGUGGAGGUAAGCUUCGGCAUAUUCCAGUGUCAACGGCCUUGGCUGGCACAGUUGCCGAAAUCAUCUGUUGCUCCUGCUGCUCAUGGUGCCACGUUUUCUUUCGUGUUUAGUAAUAGUAUAAUCCAUGUUGUUUGAAACCCAAACUAGAAUGACUUUCAAUGUGGUUUUUCUUUAUUAUCGUCCUUGUGUGUUCAUAGGUUUACCUCUAUUAAAUGGUAAGAACAAUUAA